UGCAAUGCGAAAUCGUCGAGCAAACCUCAAAGAUCAACAAUUUCUUCGUGUGCGUAGAGAAAAAAACGCAAAGAAAUUUAUCAAAUACUGAUUGAUUUGAAUGGAGCAGCGUUUCGAUACGAUUGCAGCACUGUACCCUUCGCACGAACCUUUAUCGAAGUCGAAUAGUUUGCGAGUCCGAAAUGUCAUAUGAAUUCGAUAUUGUUUCCUGCUAAGGGUACUGAUUACUGCAUGCAAACUAGCGUUCGCAUUGGACCAAUGGACGUUGUUUGCGAAUAUUGUGGCGUAUUGAAGUUUUCCGGAAAAAACGCCAAGAUUGUGCUGCCUUAGUAUAAAAGUGAAAUUGUCAUUAUUAGCUCCGAAAGUCAUUGUAUUCGUUACUUCGUGGCGAAACACUCGAAUCACGACAUUUCUAACAAACACUCAAAAAUAAAAUGGUUGUUUCCAAAUGACCUCAUUUGGGGCAGACAUUAUCGAAGAAGAAGGAUUUAAUCCGACAUUCAAGGUACUUAUUUAAUUGUUUUUAUACUUCAAAAAAUACAGUAGAAGAAUAACAUACUAUACUUAUUCCUAUGUAUUAUUUAUGCUGAUUCUAAAAAAAAGGUGUUUAUCAAAUCAGAAAUCAAUAUAUCUUUAUUCAAAUUGGAUGUAUAGUACAACUCUUUUGAAUCGGCCAAUUUUUUUUCCUACCACUCGUUAUGGACAUAUUAUUUAGCUGCGGAGAAAAACAAACGAAAAAAACUCCACAACAUUAAAAGUCUAAUGUAACAACAUUUACAAAUCAUUAUGUUGUUACAACGUCAAUACAAUUAUGAAUUAUUUAAUAUAGAAAACCUGUUGGAAUGAUUGGAACAGUUAAAACCCAAGCAUUUUUGUCUGUAAUAUAAUCAAACACUUUGUAAUAAGCUUUUUUGAUAAGUGUUGUUAUUAUACAAUCUUUGAAUUUAUUUAUGGUUAAACUUGGAUAUUGCUUGGGACUUUAUUGUAUAAGCGAACACAAAGACCUUUAAAUUAAUUAUUAAUUUUGUGAAGCUUAGUAGCAGCUAAAGUUAGUUUAUUUUAUUUUUGUUUCUUGUAUUAAGUGUGUGAACAUCCCUGUUUUUAAGAACCAAAUUAAAUUAAAAAUAAAAACAGAUUAAUCAGUAAUACCGACUUUGCUUUUGAUUCUGUAGAUACAAGGAAAGAUUCACCAAGAAUUGACUCAUUGCAACCUCUCGGCACGACUAAUCGACGUCAAGAAAUCAAUGCAAAAGAGCAAUUCUUCAAGAUCUGCAGUUACUACUUCAUGAACAUCAUGCGUUGGUCAGGCUGUUCAAGAGUGCUUUGGAGCGCAUGCCAAAUGAUAACUACAAAAUCGUCAUUAUAGCGGAUAAACGAACAUCUGGAACACACGAACGCACAUUUAACGCUCAAGCAAUAGAUGAAGUUGCCAUCCUGAUUGUUGGUGAAAACUUGGAAACACGUGAUAUUGUGUUUACAGUUCGCGAUACUGGGCAGCUCCAACUAAUAUCCGAAACACAUCGUUCAUAUGACACGUUGCAAUACCCGCUAAUGUUUUGGCAAGGAGAAGAUGGAUAUUAUUUUAAUAUCAAAAUGAAAAAUCAUACUACUACUGCUCAUUUAUUGCUUCUAAGACGGAACAAAUUUCGCGGGGUCAGCUAGCGAAAGAAGAAAUGAAUAAUGAAGAAAUUAUCAAAUAGAAAACUUUGGGAACAACGAUUUUGGGAAACGUAAAAACGUAUUUACUUCCACAUUUACGACGUUAAAGUGGCGGAAUUGUUUAUUGUAAAUAAUGUAGGUAAGUAUUUAUCACAUUAUGCAUCUGAAUUAACAAACAACAAAAGUUACCUAAUUUUGGUAAAUUAAAGCUCCGCAGUAACACACGGUCGCAAAUUAUCGGAGUGGUGGGUGGCCCCUAGUCAAAGGGGAGAAAAGAAUAAAGCGAAAGCUGCUUCCAGUCGCCGCUUACAAGUUUUUUUAAGAGAAUUGGAUAAUUAGAUUAUAUGCUGUCGGGGGGUACAAAACCGACCCACGAAGGCAAGUUCCUUUUCACUAAGCAGAUAAACAUUGAAUUUUAUUCCUGACGUUAAAUCGCUAGCGCAAAGUUUAGAAAACUCCAACCCCGGUAUAAUGGAUUUCGUUUUAUAUACGACUUGUUGUACAUAUAUUGGCGUACUGAAGGAAGGGAACCUUAAAACCUCUGUCUUGUUGUUCAAAUUUAAAAAAAGCUACGCAAUUACUUGUUUCAAAUAAGAAGUUUGUGAUUCAAAAUAAUAAAGAAAAGCACUGCGCAUUCUAAGUUUUUUUAUACAUGAUAUCGCUUGUUAUUAGCAUUAAAUAACGCAUUGUCAAUACAGAUCGACAGUACGUUUCAAUGGGUUUAAAUAAAUACAAGUCUCACCUGAGUUUAGACUUCCAUAAUCG